GUGAAUGCGCCCCACGAAGAAGCAGUCGAGUUCGCGAAGAUUAGCAAGAGGGAAAAUCGUGUUUAUGUCGGAAAUCUCAGUUACGACGUCAAGUAUGGUGAUUUGAUUGAGUUUAUGAGGGGAGCUGGAGAAGUCCUGUUUGCCGAGGUCCUUGUUACCCCUUCAGGUGUCUCGAAGGGCUGCGGGAUUGUUGAGUUUUCCACUACAGAGGAAGUACAAAGAGCGAUAAAGGAACUUGGGGAACAAUUGCUUCUUGGCCGGCCUGUGUUUAUUCGUGAGGAUCGUGAGAAUGAGUCUAGGUUUGGUGCAACACCUGUUCCCGGCAAGAUGGGAGCGGCGCUUGCUCACGGAGGUGCCCCAUAUGGUUCAAACGCUUUUGGUGGUCCACGCCCACUCCCCAACGUAGCCAACCCUGGGAAUCAGCUUUAUGUCGGUAAUCUUCCAUACCAGGCGGGAUGGCAAGAUUUGAAAGACUUAUUCCGCUCUGCGGGGAACAUCGUCCGAGCUGACAUCAAUAUUGGACCAGAUGGCCGGGCAAAAGGUUCUGGGACCGUCAUUUACGAAAGCGUGAAGGACGCACAAGCAGCCAUUGAAAUGUAUCAUGGAUAUGAAUGGUAUGGUCGUGCUCUUGAAGUGCGCGAAGACCGCUAUGCUGGUUUGACAGGACCCAGUGUCUAUCGAGGUCGUGGUUUCCCACCCCGUGGUUUAGGUCGUGGUUAUAUGGGCGGUCGUGGCUUUAGUAGGGGCGGUUUCUCCCGAGGUGGCAUGGGUGGUGGGGUCGGACGACAGUUUAGCAACGACAUCUACGCCGACUACAAUGGCCCCAAUGCGAGUAACUACAACCAUGUGGGCAUCCCGACAGGCCCCCAUGGCUACAAUGCGGCUCCCUACGGUGGUGGGUUCCCAGGUGGAGAGCCCAACAACCAGAUCAUGGUUCGAAACUUACCGUGGUCUACUGCGAAUGAAGACCUGGUCGAGCUUUUUGAGACUACUGGCGUUGUUGAGCAAGCUGAAAUUUUAUUUGACGGCACUAGGUCAAAGGGCUCUGGAGUGGUUCAGUUCGCUUCAGUGGAAGAAGCUGAGACGGCCAUUGCCAAAUUCUCUGGGUAUCAAUACGGCGGGAGAUCCCUCGAUGUUCGUUUCAAUGACCGAACUCACUUGUUCGCCCCCACCGCCGCCAGGGGUACUCAUAUGCAAGGAUAAAAUCUCCGCUCGCGUUCCCAAAAAGAUCACUUUUCCCGUUGAUUGCUUGUUACCCCUUU